AUGGCAAAGAAGACGGAUUAUUAUCUCUCUCAGUGUGCUACUGCUGCCAGCAAGUCAUCCAUGACAUACCAUCUUGGCGCUGUACUCGUGAAAGGAGGCAAAGUCAUAUCAACGGGUUACAAUCACCAUCGCACGCACUAUGACGGAAACGACAUUCUGAAGCACGGUCAUCGCAAGCUCACUUCCAUGCACGCGGAAAUGCAUGCUAUCUUCAGCUUGACUGGCAUGUCUCCUUCAUUUAAGCAGCAAGUUCAACUCUCGCUGCAACGUACCGCUGCAGCCAAAAGAAGGCCGCGGUUUGAAACACGACCCACACAAGCUGGACGUAACGCAUCCACACAGCAGCGCGUAAACGGUGCAGAUAUCUACGUUGCGCGCGUUAUCAAAAAUGGCUUGGGUGCCGCAAAACCUUGUUGGCGAUGCAUACACUGGUGUUGGUGGUUUGGUGUGAAGAGGAUAUUUCAUUGGAAUCCUGUCGUUGGAGACUUCGAAGUGUUGAAGGUGAAUGAAGGAUAUAGAGAUCACUACGAGACGCAAACCGAUGUACGACUUUUCGCGCGCUUGGUGAGUCCUGUUUUAUUGUUUGGUCCUUUCUGUUAA